UGAAGAAAGUUUUUACCGAUCUCACUUCACUGCACUCAGGGUGGCCAUAACCAGGGUGUAGCCGUCACCAGUCUUCUCGGCAAAAUACAGAAAGAUGAUAUGAGGCUGAACAUCUAGAUACUAUGAGGUAAAGUCGUCACUGGGGAGCCGUGAACUCUGACCUUGCUAGUUAUGAGUGAGGUGUGAGUUGUUGUCUACACUGGUUGUGAGCAUGAUUAAAUACAGUUUCUGGUGUGGAACAGUCAGUAUUCUUGCUACAAACGUCGGUUGAGGAGUAAACUGUCUUCCAAACUCUCACCUGCCAUGAGUCUGGGGUCUUCAGUCAACAUCCUUCACUGGUUUGUUGUUGUUGUUGUGUGGCAGACUGGACCAUGGUGUACCUUUCACAUCUCAGCAUCUGUUUCAGAAGGUACCACCAUCACUCAGUGUGUACCGGCGAACACGCAGGCAAACCUAUGCACCAGCAGUUGUGCAGACCGGUGGGUUCAUGUCAUCAGUAAAAAGAUUCAAGUCGGAUGUGACCAAACUAACAACUUACAGACAAAUACUUCACAGUCUCUCACAGUCACGUGUGCUGGUCGUCAACAGACAUCAGCCUCGUGUUCAUACGGCUGCUUAGAGCACAUGACUCCCCCGGACACUUACUCUCGAAGCAACACAACAGUCACACUGGAGAACGAAUGUAUCGACGAGUCUUCCAUUCAUAACCUGUGUACUGACCUGUCCGACACACCGACUAACCUGCUGUACCUCGCCUCACCCUCGCUGUUCCUUGUCCCUGGUCCAUCUCCACACACCAGGUGUCGCUGUGAUAUACACGCUGAGCAUCCUGUUCAAGUGGAAAUACUCUUUGCAGACAUCAGUACAUCGAUGUUCACCAUCACUUGUGGUCAACAGAUAAUUGUCAGUGAUGGCAACUUCACGACUAAUGUCACAAACACUGUCAUGUCACUUCCUGACAGCAGCACUGACUGUGUCAUUGAGGUUGACCAACGUGGUGCAAAUAGAACUGAUGGGCUUCCUUCCCACAGGAUGUGGACAAAGUUUACAGGGUCCAGUAUCACCUUUCGCUGCAACACGAACUCCUCGGCUUCAACACCUUCGUCUUCAUCAUCAUCGUCAUCAUCAACGUCGUCGUCGUCAGAAAAAGAAUCUACAACGACAAUGACAGUAUCUCCGGCAACAACAGUGGUAAAUUCAUCUACUGUGACAUCAACAAGUUCGUCUGUCUCAACGUUUGUCUCGCUCACCACCAGCAAUGAAACGACGACAACAAACGACACCAACAUGGAGGGUAACUGGACAACACCCGCGACAACAGGCGACACUACGACUGGGGCACACGUCGACCAAACAGUUCCCUACCCCUACAUCAUCGCCGGCGUUGCGGGAGGCGUCGUUCUUGUUAUCAUCAUCCUUGUGAUUGUGAUUGUUGUCAGGAAAAAACGUGGCGGAGUUAAGUAUGCAACUUCCACUGAGGAUUUCUUCACAGAAAGGUCACGCGCAGAUGCGAACACAGCCGGACUCCAUCAUCACAGCGAUCUCACAGAAACUCUUCCGAAAACUAAAAGCUUCCCCUCGGAGUCCGAUCCCCAGCGCGGAGAAGACAACUCAAGAAUCAUUAUGAACGCGGCUUACCAGCCUUUGCACGAUGAGCUACAUAAUAAUCAUUACGAGGUCUCACCGAAGAAAAACAAGCCUCAGCCUCACGAUGGUGUCAACGCCUUGUCAAAGUCUAAGCAGAAAGAACCGGUGAACAAGACGGACAAGAAUCGAGUCGAUGAUGAUGAUGUAGUGAUGUUCGUUAACGACGCCUACGAAUCCUUUUCUUCCCUUCAGCAACAAAAUAUUCCUGAAGCGACCAGAGAACUGGAUGGCGAGGGAAGCCAAAGAGAGGCUGACUCUCUUCAACCCAAGAGUCAACCAGCGAUGACAAAGGGCGGAGAUCAACACCCGUCUGCAUCAACCAAUGGAAAUACUUCGUCGACAAGGACGUGGGAGGACGACUAUGGUGACGACGAGAUGGAGAUGACCGUCAACGACCUCUAUGUCUCCGCAGGGGAGAUAACUCCAAUUCCACUAUCCAGCGCUACUUCGGCAUGAGUCGGGUCCUCCGACAGAAGUCCAUCGACUGUGAUUAAGUAUAUCUAGGAAAGUAUUACAUUCUACAAACAUAUUUUCUCUUCUUCCACUCGUAUUGGAGGAAGCAGAAAGAAGAGAAUCAUCAAACGUCUUCCAUCCGUCUAUCCAGUCUGUCUAUUCUGAUGCAGAAGUAAAGAGCAAAGGCCUUGCAGAGAUCAGUGGGGUUUGUUGUGAACUAAACUGUUAGUUGUGACAAGAGUUAUGUGAUUUCGAAGUGUGUGAUUCAAACCAUGGAAAUUGAGAGGUGACCCAAUAGAAUAGACAGAAGGUGGUCAGACGGUAGGUGAGAAGAAACGUGUUACACAGGACAUCAAAUGAGUUUGUACUGUUAUUAUUUUUGCAUUAUCUACCUAGAGCAAACUUGUACAAAAUGUAACUGGUUUGUGGUGUCUCUGCUUGUGUAGUGUAUCACGUGGAGUUUCUGCUCUUCUAUUCUAGAAUAGUCAGCUAACCCCUAGAAUCUGUCUCAAUGGAAUCCUCAGGACCAUAGCAACUAUUAGUUGUUGACACUCUAGCUUGUAAUUCCUUCUGAUAGAGUCAAUGGUGUCGGUGAUGAUAAAGACAAUAUGCUCAGUUAAUAGAAAUAUAGAAAUAAUUUUAUCAUCGUGAUUCAGUCAGCACUUGUAGAUGUAGAACUAUCACCUGAUAUACUCAUCCUGAUUGUCUCAGUGUUCUCUGAAAUGUUGAAUUUAUAUGGUUUGGUUUUUAUUUAUAGCCUUAUUCAGACUUAUAAUCUCAUCUCAUUGUGAUUACCAUGAAUAUUCAAGCUUUUAUACCAUGUAAAUAUUUUUAGAACGACUUUAUUCAUGUGAUUGUUUCUGUGUGAGUUUUUUUAAAGUAAAUAAACAGUAAUUUAUGUUGAACUUUGCCUUGUCAAAUAUCGGUCGGUAGACAAUUUUAAUGUUUCCAGUUUAAACAGUUUGUCUAGUCUUUAGAAUCACCCAGGAUUUCAUAAAUUAACAGUGAUCUUAUGAAUGGUGCGUGUGUGUGUGUUUGUGUGACUGCUCGUCUAGAUGAAGGCAUGUUCGGGAGGAAUUUCUCCACCAUUUGAUAAUACAAUGAGAGAAGAACCUCCACAUUGUUGCUUAGUGAACACAAAUAAAUUCAUAAAGGCCUGGAACAUUCGUGAAUUAGAAAUAAUUUAUUUUAGGUUUGCUUGUAAAUCUUGUUUGUUUCUGUUUUGA